AUGGUACAAAUCACACUCAACUCGACACCGGAGCAGCCCUACAUCAAUCAAGUCAUGACGGAUGAGGAUGCUUCAAACCUCUUCGGACUCGACGACUCGAGUCUCGGAUUCAUUGACGAUGGCUCUGCCUCUGGUGAUGUAAAGACUGAUCCUUCCAACACAUCCGACGGCGACGCCCAGUUUGAUUCCUCGGGAUGGGAUUUCCCAGAAACCAACCCUUUUGCAUCUUUCGACGGCCUCACCACUUCUGUCGUCCAGCCCAACUACCAGACAACUAGCUGGGACUCAUCUUUCUUCGACGCAACACAACAGUCUCCCUCCGCCGGCUUCGACACCCUCUCAUCACCUGAUAACAACCCAACUAUUCUAUUUGGCGGGCCAAUCGUAACGCCGCAGGAUAAGAUCCGUCCGCGAAACCCGGUCGUCCAGCAACAACCACAGCCACAACAACAAGCAGCGCGUAAUGGUGUUGCCCUCACACCGGCUCUCCAAGAGAAGCUACGAAACAUUGCCAUGCCUCCCCAUCUACAGUAUCAUUCCCCGAAGAGUGCUUCAAGCCCCGAAUCGCCGACGGUCGACUCCAAGAUGAGUGGCUCCCAGUCUCCCGACCAUAACCAAAUGGGCAAGCCCAAUGCGAAGAAGCGCAAGGUCUCAGAAGAGCUUGAAGAUGACGACGACGAUGAAGACGGCAAGCCCGUGAAGAAGACAUCCCACAACAUGAUCGAGAAGCGAUAUCGAAACAACCUGAAUGAUAAGAUUGCUGCACUGAGAGACGCAGUUCCCAGCUUGAGAAUCAUGUCGAAGAGUGCGAGAGGAGAAGACACGACCGAGGACCGACAGGAACUCCACGGCUUGACGCCCGCUCAUAAGCUCAACAAGGCAACUGUCCUUAGCAAGGCUACCGAAUAUAUCCGACAUCUUGAGAAGCGGUAUACUCGCCUUCAAGAAGAGAACAACACAAUGAAGGCUAGGAUUGCAGCUUUCGAAAAGCUGUUCAUGGCCGGCGCUAUGAACGGUUCCAUUACGCCAAUGCAGCAGCAGCCACCGACUCCAGUCCAGUACGCUGCCAAGGACGCCCAACAACAGCAGCAGGACUUCCUCCACUCCCCUAUUGCGGGCUCUCAAGAUAGCUCCCACUCGCCGCCAACUGGCAUGAUCCAAGUUCCCGAGGACAUGAAGCGUAUUCUGGCUGCUCAGAUGGCCGUUGGUCAACCAUACCCCGUUCCUCAGCAGCCAUACCAGCAACGAGGAGCCCAGCAAACACUGGUAUCUCAACAACAAAUUCAACAACAACAGCAGCAGAUGCCACAAGGCCGAUGGGGCAACGCUGGUCCUUAUUUCGGUAAGCUCAUGGUUGGAUCAUUGGCUGGUCUGAUGAUCAUGGAAGCAGUGCGCGAGAAUGAAGUAAGCAACGAGAGAACUGAAGGUCGCGGCCUCUUUGCCCUUCCCGUACACCUGCUCGGCAAACUUGCCUCCAGCUUCGAUUUCAACUUUAUGGGUUAUCAUGCCCAUAGCACCCUCAAGGUGCUCUUGCUUCUGGGCACUGUUCUCUGGGUCUUCAUCCCAUCGCUCUUUGCGCCAACCCAACAAAAGCCAAAGAAGGCACAGAUCUCUGCCCUGCAUGCUGCACCUCCCUUGGCCUCAUCUAUCCACGUCCGCCGACAAGCCUGGCUUACUGCUGCUCAAAAUGUCUGGAUUCCUCGCCACAACUUCUUCAUCGAGGCCGCUGCUCUGAUGCUCAAGGCUGCAAAGCUCAGUCUCUGCAACAUCGUUGGAGCUCAGGGGUACCAGACAAUCACUGGAACUUCGGAUGAUCAGGAGACCGCACGCAUCCAGGCUUGGUCUAUUGCACUUGACUCCCAGCUUGCUGGUGGAGAUGUAGAUAUCAACCGCAACCGCCUCAUUUUGACUCUUCUUGCCUCUGGCACUCUUCCCAACUCACCUGCCCGCUCCAUGCUCAAGGCUCUUCAUAUCCGUCUCCUCCUUUGGGACCUCAGUGAUCACAAGCUCAGACUUGGAAUCACUAAGCCAUUUGCUUCAAGGCUCGCUGCCUGGAAGUGGAAUGAAGCUCGUGUUGCGAACCGGCGUCUUAUUGCUCUCGGUGCUUCAGCUAAUGAAGCCGAGAGAGAAAGGAUGCUGCCAGCACACCUUGCCAUGCUGGUCGAGCAAGACUGUGACGUGGUUCUCAAUAGCGACGUUAUCCAGCGUGCGCACAACCUUGCGUUCAACAAGGAUACCCAAUACGGUGUUGAAAACCCCAUUGAUGGUAUGGACAGUGUUGUCGAUGAUAGUGCCGUCGGUACUCCCAUGGAUGCUAUCGCUGCUUGGUGGUCAACUCAGACCCUGCACCAGGCCCUCACGGCAACCUUGGACAAGACUCCUGAGGCCAUUGUUGACAUAGCCGACAAGAUUGAGUCUGCCAUCCUGACAGCCCCCGAAGGCUCUCUUGCUAAGACAAGGGCCAUUGUUGCCCGCGCCGCCUUCUGUGACCAAAACAGAGGCAAGAACAUUGCCGCUGCCCUUACGACCGUUGGAUCGCAAACCCUCGAUAACCCCCUCAACAACUCCACUUCUAUGAUUGAUUCAAGCUCAUUUGCAACAAACCCUGAUCUUAGCCUCGCUCUCCGCUGCGCCACGGCCAUCGCACACAUUCGCCGGGUACGAAACACCGCUGGCGCGGACCUCCAGGGUCUUCGUAUUGUCGAUACCAUCAUGGUUCCUCAAACCACCUCUGAAAUGUCCCUUCUCGGGUACACUGCUGCCAUUGAGCUCAUGGAGCAGCUCUUUGAGUACAAGGAAGCCGCAGAAACCUUCUCAUCAUCUCUGGAGAGAUUGGCCGGUGGACUCCGCUUAUGGAUAGGCGGAACCGCUGGUGAGAACUGCGGAGCUACCCCUGAAUUACGGCAUAAGGUCGUGGAUCGUUGCCUGGGUGUGACCAAGAGCCUAGUUGGCAUGGAGGUUGACACCGGGUACGGGAGCAUGAGCGAGGACGAAUGCUAA